UGUGGUCAUGUGACAGGCGGAGGUUCGGGUCGGGGUCUGGGGCUCUGCAGUGAGCAGUGUGGAUCAGGAUGUCGGGGUUGCAGGCUUGGUACAUGGACGGGUCCACUGAGGACCCCAGACUCCCACACAGACUGCAGCCUGACCGGCCUGUCGGCCUACAGGAGCUGCAGGAGCUCGGGGUCUGGUACCGCAGGUUAAACGCUGAUAUCUAUGAAAACGACCCUGAGCUGGAGAGGAUCAGAGAGGAGAAAGGUUACUCCUACAUGGACAUAGUCGACAUCCACCCUGAUAAACUGCCCAACUACGAGGACAAAUUAAAAAUGUUCUACGAGGAACACCUGCACCUCGACGAUGAGAUCCGUUACAUCCUGGAUGGACGAGCGUACUUUGAUGUCAGAGACAAAAACGAUCACUGGAUCCGAAUCGCCAUGACCAAGGGAGACCUGAUCACGCUGCCCGCGGGGAUUUACCACAGAUUCACCAUGGAUGAGACGAACUACACUAAAGCCAUGAGGCUGUUUGUAGGCGAGCCGGUGUGGAAGGCGUACAACCGACCAGCUGAUCAGUUUGAAGUUCGCAAGCAGUACGUCAAUUCACUGAAGAGCUCCUGAGCAGGACGGAGAUUUACAAUCAUAUCAUAUAUCGUAAAUAUAAACAAAAAUAUUUUUGUACAUGCAUUCCCAUCGAUCCUGACGUAUUACAAAACUAGAAUCAUAAUCAGUGCCUUGAUUUAGAUUUUAUUCUAAAGUAAAAGUUAACUUUAUCAUCAAGUUAUAAUAACUAUAAUCAGUAUGAGGAACAGCUCGUGAACUGUUUACAUCCGAUGACUGUAAAUAAAAUUUUAGAGCUUUAUCAGUGUAUUGUAUUAUUCUGACAUGAGGCUCAUGUUCCUGUUUCACACACCUACAGCGUUGAGUCCUUCAUAAACACUGGCGGUUUAUUUAGAGCUGUAAACUAAAUGUACAGUCACAUGACACACCGUACACACAUUUACACACUCAAUUUUAGUUUUAUAUACAGUGCAUCUUUAUAAAUUGUAAUACCAUGUUGAAAAUUGAUUAAAAAAAGUGAAACUUGUAUAUUCUAGAUUCAUUACAUUUAAAGUGAAAUAUUUAAUUCCUUGUUUUCUGUUUUAAUUUUGAUUAUAGCUUGCAGCUCAUACAAAUAAAAAAAUCCAGCAUUUUAAAAUACUAGAACAUUUCAAGAUCUAAAAGUAUUUACAGUACAGAAAUUCAGAGAAAUCAUGUUCAUUUAUUCACUCAUUACUCGCGCAGAUCUUCUUCAGCAUUACUGCCUCAGUGCGGGCGUGGCAUCAAGGUGAUCAGUCUGAGGUGCUGCUGAGGCGUUACUGAAGAUCAGGUUGCUUUAAUAGCAGCCGUCGGCUCGUCUGUUUUGUUGGCUCGGUGUUUAUCUUUCUUGGAUUCUG